AUGGCCUGGCAAUUUAUACUGGUUAACGGACCUUAUGGCGGGACGUGUGAGGGGCCUGCAUGGGAUGGGAGUGGGCUGCUGUUCACGCAUAUUCCGGGGAACAGGAUCAUUCGAUACGAUCCGCAGGACAAGGGGUCGAGCAUCUAUCGCUCGGACACUAACAAUGCAAAUGGGCUGGUGUUCGACUCGGAGGGACGGCUGUAUGCCUGCGAGGGCGGCGCUCGGCGCGUGGUGCGCUAUGAGGCGGAUGGCUCGACGACGGUGCUGGCUGAUGCCUUCGAGGGGCAGCGGCUGAAUGUGCCGAAUGACCUUGCCAUCGACCAGAACGGCAGCGUGUGGUUCACGGACCCGUUCUAUGAGGGCGCAGGCGGCGAUUGGAGCAAUGACCGAGCGAAUAAGGACCUCGACCACGACUCGGUGUACCGGCUGGAUGAGCAGGACGACGGGAGCUGGUCUAUCACGCGCGUGACUUUCGACACGACGCGACCGAACGGGCUGCUGUUCUCGCUGGAUCACAGCGUGCUGUAUGUGGCGCAGUCGGGGCGGGAUGCGGACGAGAAGCGCGAGCUGCGGGGGUAUCCGGUGAACGCGGACGGGAGCCUGGGCGCGUAUAGCGUGCUGCACGACUUCGGGGCGCAUCGCGGGAUCGACGGGAUGGUGCUGGAUACCGAGGGCAAUAUCGUGGCGACGGCGGGCUUCGACGAGAGCGGGCCGGGGCCGAUGGUGUAUGUGUUCGCGCCGGACGGCGAGGUGCUGGAGACGCAUAGGACGCCGACCGACAGGCCGACGAACUGCUCGUUCGGUGGCGCUGACCUGACGAUGCUGUAUGUGACGACGGGCGGCGGCGAUGUGUAUAUGACGCAUACGGACAGGCAGGGGCGGCUGCAUUAUCCGAGUGUGUAGGGGCCACGAUUUAAGGCCGAACGCGGGGUAGUCCCUUAGCUCUAUUGGUGAGCAUAAUUGAUUUCACCCCCAUCCUAACCUUCCCCCAUCAAGGGGGAAGGGACAAGAUUAUCGGUCAUUGUGCCCAGCCUUACAAUACAGCAUCAACCUCACAGAUGAGACAGACAACGACAGAGGAGCGGAUUACAGAUGGCAGACGAUACGAUUCGGAUUGGACUUGUGGGCGCGGGCGGGAAUACGACGCUGCGCCAUAUACCGGGCUUUCAGGAGAUCGAGGGCGUGGAGAUUGUGAGCGUGGCGAAUCGGAGCCGCGCGUCGGGGCAGCGGAUUGCGGAUGCGUACGGGCUGCCGGAGGUCUAUGACAGCUGGGUUGACCUGAUCGAGGCGGAUGAUACGGAUGCUAUCUGCAUCGGGACGUGGCCGUAUGUGCACCGUGACAUGGUGCUGGCGACGCUGGAGAAUGAGAAGCACGUGAUGACCGAGGCGCGGAUGUGCAUGGAUGCGGCGCAGGCACACGAGAUGCUGGACGCGUCGCGGCUGGCUCCGCACCUGGUGGCGCAGAUCGUGCCGUCGCCGAUGACGCUGCGGGUGGACAAGACGGUGAAGCAGCUGAUCGCGGACGGCUACGUGGGUGAUGUGCUGUCCGUGAACCUGGUGGUGAACGACAAGACGAUGCAUCCGGCGGGGUUCGUAGCACCGGACGCGCCUCAUCACUGGCGGCAUGACCGCGACUUCAGCGGGUACAACAUCAUGCAGAUGGGCAUCUGGUAUGAGGCGAUGAUGCGCUGGGUUGGUCCGGCGCAGACGGUGCAGGCGCUGACGAGGGUGCAUGUUAAGAGCCGUAAGGAUGGCAACGGGAACUCGCAGGUCAUUACGAUACCGGACCAUAUCGAGGUGCUGGCUGAGAUGUACUCUGGACCGCUGCUGCACAUACGGAUGACCGCGGUGACGGGGCAUUCGCCGCAGAACGGGGCGUGGCUGCACGGGACGGACGGAACGCUGUACGUGCAGUCGCCGGGGAUGGCGCUGUACGGCGGGACGCGAGAUGACGGCGAGCUGUCGGAGAUCGAGAUCCCUGCCCGAGAAUCAGGGCGAUUGGCGGGUGGAGGAGGAGUUCAUCAACGCGAUCCGGGGCGUGGAGGAGAUAACGCAUACGAACUUCGCGGAUGGCGUGCGGUACAUGGAGUUCACGGAGGCGAUUACCAUCAGCGCGCAGACGGGCGAGAAGGUGCACCUGCCGCUUUAGGUACGCACACGCAAUCAGAAAUUAGGUAUUAG